AUGUACAAGUUAAACAUUUAUGCUUCUAAACAAUUUUUCGAUUUACAGACCCCAGUCAACUUUCUAGUAAAAAAAAAAAAUUUUGCAAAUGUAAGAGAGAUUAGAUAGAAAAAUAAUAUUGAAUUAGGUCUUAAAAUGGGUUCUUAUUCACUACCACAUAAUAUAUGGAUUAAUACUCCUCUUACUACAAAUCGAAUUAUAAAACCUUAAGGAUCUUUGGCACUCCAUCAAAAAUUUAAUAAAUUACCUAUUUAUAUGGGAAGAAAGGAUAUGAUUAAAGAAUUAGAGAAAUUUAAAUAAAGAGCUAGCUCUCCAUCUCCAUCAAAAAAACAGAAAAAAUAUCAUAACUUAUUUUAUAAUAAUUUAGAAAGGAAUGAAAAAUUGAAGAAAUAUUUCAAGGCCUCUUCAUAAAAUAGUCCUUAAAAAUUAAAUAGUUUAUCCAAUUUCGAUGAAUCACGCUAAUAAAUAUUUUCAUCUAAAAAGUUUUAUGAAAUUAAUUAUCAAAGAUUAAAUUCUGUAAAACCAUCUAUACAACCAAAAUUUCCUUAAUUGAAAAAAACUUAAAUGACUGAAUCUAGUGAAAUAGAUAAUAGCGAAUUAAUGAAUACAUCUAUCAAUUAAAAUAUUUAAGAGUGCUUCUCACCAAAAAAAGAAAAAAUUUAAAACUAAAAGUAUUAUUAACCAAAUAAAUGUAUUCUUUAAAGAAAUAAGUUUUUAAAUGAUUCAUACAGAUUAUAUGGAUUUGUAACAGAAAUAAAAGAUUAAAAAUAAAAAUAUUCAGCAUUACAAAAUAGUAAUUUCAUUAACCUAAAUAAAUCAGUUGAAUAAAAUAAUUAUGCAAAUUCAUCUAAAUCAAGGGAUGUAACUCCAAAAGAUAAAAUUAUGAAAAAGUCUAAGUCUUCUAAAGAUAAAUUAUAAAAUUUGCUUAAACAAUCUCAUCAAAAAAAUCAUGAAAGACAUUUUAAAACACCUAAUAAAAAAUAUAAAUCUCCAAAAAAAGAAGAAUAUGAAAUUAACAAAAAUAGAAAUAUUGUUCUUUCUUAUUUUCCAAAAUAAGAUUUAGAAUAGAUUCUUAAAAAAAAAUAAUAAUAAAUAUGA